GGCAGUGCAUUCUCCUCCAGACUGCGUUUUGUUUAUGGACGCCGAGUCUGUUUGUCCUGCCGCGGUCAUGCUACCUCCGAAAAACUGCAUCCCGAGAAAUUACAGCUGCAUAGCCGGUCUGUUCGGCAGCUUGGCCACGUCUCAGAAGAUGGAUGACGGGGACGGAGAGAAGGCCGACGGCGAGGAAGAGGAGGAGAUGGUGAACGGCGAGUGCGAGCCGCUCGAGAUACGCGUGGUGGACGAGAGACCGCGGGGGCGCGAGUCGUUCUUGAAGCCGCCGCCGCAGAGCCCCACUCAGCGGCGGAGAUGCAAGUCGCUGCCGAGCCCCGCGGAGAGAGCCAGGCUGGAGAUAGCGCGCAGCCGGAGCCCCAACAGCCAGAAGAAGGUGAGGUUCGCCGACUCGCUCGGCCUGGAGCUCAUCUCCGUCAAGCACUUCGACGAUGCCGACGUGCCUGAGAUACCCGAGCGCGUGAUGGACAAGUUCAGGAAGGCCAGGGCGCUGCACCUGAACAACUUCGAGGCGUCGAACGGCUCGGCGCAGUCCGUCUUCAUGGAGCUGCUGUUCACCAACCCGGGCGCGUCGGCGGACUUCAUCGAGAGGGUGAAGGAGCUCAAAGUGUCGCUGGAGCGAGUGAACGCCGACGAGUUCUGCCUAUCCGGGCUGGUGAGGGUGCUCAACAUGGCCUUCGAGAAGAGCGUGGGUCUGAGGUACACGCUCAACAACUGGUCCACUUUCGUGGACGCGCCGGCCACCUACGUGCCGCACUCAAGCGACGGGCUCACGGACAAGUUCUCCUUCAAGAUUGUCACCCCGUUUCUGGAGGCAGGCGGCACUCUGCAGUUCGCUAUCAAGUACCUCGUGGACGGCCACGAGUUUUGGGACAACAACGACGGGGAUAAUUACAAAGUGAGGCGCCACAGGUUCAAAAUCUCCCCUCCCCGCGAGUGGGAGAAUGGUUGGAUCCACUUCAUUUAGCUAGCGCGCUAACGUGUGUGUCUGUGUACGUUAAUUCAUUCAGAAUUAUGCACUUGUCUGGUGAUGUUCUUGUGUGAGUUCACCGCACUGACUGGCUCUGAAACAACUGUGUAACAGAUUGCCUUUCCGUCUUAAAGCGUUGUAGAGGCCGUGUAUGAGGUGCUAGGCUUGCUUUAGGGUAAUUCUUAUGGAUGUUUCUGGCGUGUGUUUGGUGUGGUGGUGUUGAAAUGUAAAAUGGCGGUGAGGAGGGCUGGCAAUGAGUGUGUGUUUUUAAGUUUUACAGCGCAGUUGUUCUCUUAACAUGGAAACACGGGCCAUGAGCAAAGUGCAGAGAAGCUGUCCCUUUUACGCAUGACUUAAGCUUUAGAUGCUAUGAAGAAAAAUAUCUAUUAUACGUAUACGCUUGUAAUAAUGGCUCUAAUACAGACUGCUAUCAAGCCAAGUGUAAUAAAACCACGCUUUCUAGAGAGGGCUAAUCAUUUAUACACGAGUCACAGGAGAAGAGUGUGGCAGCUGGUUUAUGUGACCUCCAUGACAUACUCCUUCACUCUUCCAGACCCUUCCAGAUGUUGCCAUCACAAGGCUAGGUUUUCAAAUUCGUCUCCUCUUUGCUGCUGUCUCUUAAACUUUGACCAUAUGUUGACCAGUGCACAAUGUGCCAGCUUCAUGGUACAUUUGAAAGCAUUCUGGAUCUGAUUGUUUAGGUAUAUGCACUUUAGAGGCGUUCAGGAUCUCCUGAGCUGCACUAUAUGUCCAAAAGUUGGUAGACACCUGCUCAUUCAACGUUUCUUCCUUUUAAUAGAGAAUUUGCCCUCUUCCCCAACUCUUCUGGUCAGACUUUAUAUUAGAUGUUGUAACAUUGUGAGAAUUUGAUUGCAUUGAGGCUCAUUGGCAUUAGUCAGGUCAGGUAAUGAUGUUGGAUGAUUCAAUCGCCACUCCAUCUCUAUCAUCCCAAAGGUGGAGUUGAUGGUGUUUCAUCAGUAUAGAGAACUUCACUUUCACUGCUCCACAGCCUAAUGCUGGGGGCACUUUAUGCACCUGUAGCCGACACUUGGCAUUGGGCAUCAGUGACCUUAGGUACAUAUACAGCUGCUCGCCUCUCCAUUCCAUUGGCAGUGCUUUUCUAUGGAGGUUGUAAAAGCUGUGUACGUAAUUGAAGUCCUGUGCUAACAAUUGGUCCUUAAAAUAGCUGAUUCAUUCAUUUAGAAGGAGUUUCUGGAUACUUUUGGACAUGUAAUGUAUUUUGGUCAUGAGCAGAUAGGAUGGAGGUAAAGGUUUGGGGAUAUGUGCAGUAGGCCUACUGCAUUCUGUUGCCUGCCAAUCCUUGAGAAAUAGAUGGCUUUUGCUUAUGUAGAGGAAAAAAAAAGAGUUUGAGUUCACAGCCUGUGGUCAAAAUGAGUUUUUUUUUUAUGGUAGCUGACCAAUAUAUGUGUGAAGUCAAAAUCGGGAUAAUGAGAAGGAAGUAGCAAUGCCUUGUGCACACAGUCAAUUACAUACAAACUUGAGACCCCUCUCUGAUUUCCUAUAUUUGUACUGGUUGCAUACCUCAGACUAAACACAUUUAUACUGUGAGAACCUUUCACCCUUCCAGCAGCAUUCAGGUGUAGUUCCUGUUUAUUCAGGUUCAAUAUUUAAAACAAAAAAAGCUAACUUUAUUUUUAUGCGAUAAAACCAAAAGAAAAAUAUUAUUAAUCGUAUUUAUUUUCUCCUGCUUUUCAAGGAUGACUACUGUCUUUGUGUGACAUGUUUGCCUGCGGAGCGUCACUCAGCUGUGAUAUGUUUUAGUCUUUGCAAAUGCCUGUUGCAUUGUGUGUUGUCUUCAGUGUUAAGGCUGUAGCAUUAGUGCUAAUUAAGAAGUGUUGCUUUCCACACAUUAUAUAUGAUAGAUGCCUUGCCAAAGAGGUCUUGCUUAGCAAUUAUGGGAAAUCACAAAACGCACAUCAUUACUGCUCGUCACCAAUAGAGAGCCUAUCAGCUCACAGUUAGAGCAAAUGAGACCCGAGUGAGUGGUGGCGUAGGGUAGCAGUUACUCCAGUGAGACCAGAAGGUGAGAUUGUGAUUGUUAUUAUUUAUUUUUAUAAUUGCUUGAAAAUGAUAUUGUCCUGUCACUGAAGAGAUGGAAGAGGAACUUUCGCAGCUCCACAUGUUCUGCAAGGGCCACUAUAUCUGUAAGGUUCCUCUGAUGGCAUUAAUGGUGAACGUCUUUGUUUUGGACAUUUUUAUCUGAUUACGGAGACUUUCCCUUAUCUUAUAUUUCUGUGUAAAUGCAGCUUACAUUUUUGAGUGGACGGAAGGAGCUUUUGGUGGUUAUGGUCAAAUAGGUGGUGCUAGAGCGCAGACAGACUCGGGACAAACUUUCAAACUUAACAGGCACAAAGCUCUAAUAGGUCUACCUAUUAGAAAAGCAUACUUCGUGUGUACCAUUUUGAUUGCUAGAGUUUGCCUUAACCUAUGUAACUACAGUCCGCUGAUCACACGCUGUUUGCGAUGAAAUCUGCUUGUUGUCCACCCCAAAAUGGACUUCGAUUUCGUCAGAGAGGCAUUAAAUAGUGGCGUUUUGGGAAGUUUUUGUUUCUUUUAUCAGCAUCCUGUCACAUGCACUGUAUACUAGUAGUUCUAAUCUAUGUGGUUUUUACAGUUGUUCUGGUCUGCAAGACAAUGUCUAGGCUUUAGUCAAAUGGCUUUGCCUCUAUUACUGAAUAGAUGUUAUGACUAUUUCUCAGAGUAUUAUAAUUAUUUCAUUGUGUAAGCAGAUGGCAGCGCGCUUGUGGAUUCUGUUUCAUUAUGGCAUAGUGUAAAAGACUUCCCUGCAAUGAUCUACUGAACUUUAAAUAACUAAAAGAAAUUAGGAGAAAGUCAUGAGAGGGAGACAGAUAUCAAGUGGUAUUUUUCUUUUAUAAAACAAAGCUCAUUUUGCAAUAACCUGUCAUAAAUAAACAGCAGCAUGUCCUUAUGUGAGAUGUGCAAUAACCCCUAAAUGCUUAAAAUGCUAUUGAAAUAGUUAUAAUUUUGUGCUGCUUUUUAAAGGAUGGAAUGGAAUGUGUUGUUAAGUCUUGAUGAAAUCGUAUGUGUAGAGGAAGUAAAGACGUGCUUCAGGGGAUUCAGUACAGAGAGAUUUUUGGUUAGAUUUUUUUAUAAAGAAAGCUAAUGAUUGUAAAACUGAUUUUGUAUGGAAAGGUUUGUUUUUGGACUGAGCAACUUGUCCAAAAAACUGGUUUCACUAGCAUAGAAGAAUCUCCCCAUUGUUUGUGUUUUCUAUAAAUGAACUCCCAAGAUCAUUUUACGUUACCUGUGUCAUGUUUGUCUGUCACUGUGUAUAUUUUUACAUGAAUAGGCUAUAAAAUUGACAGAGGAUUUAUUGACUAGAUAUUUAAAUAGUUUUAAAUGCACAAUAUUAACUAUCAGAUUAUACAGUAUUAUAUGGCUCCAUGAAGGCUUUCUGUUGACGCUUCACUGGAAUGUUCUGUCUGUGGUGGUUUGUCCAGUUUCAUUUUCACGAUGGGACCAAGGGGUGUGGAAUCGUGUGCAAGAAAUGGUUCCGGGCUUCUCUGUCCACACUCUUAAAAAUUUAAGGUUCUUUGAAGUUGUGCCACAGAAGAACAACUGUUGGGUCCCCGAAACCUUUCAGUGAAUUAAAUGAGAUGCACAGGUGUGAAGAACUUCUUUAAAGUUUAAAGAACCCCCAGAUACGUUUCCUACAGCCAGGCCAAGGACCAUUUAGGAAACUAAUUUUAAGAGUGUCGGCAGUUGUAUCAGGAACAUUGGGCUGUAUGGGCUUUAGGUAGAAACCUGACCAUCAGAUAUUGCCCUAGAGCAUAAUGUGUAGAGUGAGUUGUGUCAAGCUUUGUCGUUUAUAUUUAGUCAGGCUUAUUUUAAUGAUGGACCAAGCCACAAGACGAUUAAACUACCAUGAUUUAAUAUAAAUCCCCAUACAUUAUUCUCAUGCUGAGCAAAAUUUAGAACAACAACAACAUAGGUUUAGAGGAGAGUGAAUAAACAGACACCUUCCACUGAAAAGUGAUUUAAUAUUAAUUGUAUUUAAUGAGGUCUGAGGUCUAUCUGAUGACUAAAAGCUUCUUGGUGUUGGCAGUGGAAAAGCAUUACAGAAAUGUUUUUAGUUUCAGCACUGUUCAUCAGAUGUUUUCCUUUUCUUUUAUCUAUGCAAACCAGUCUUCAGUUAAUUUCCAGUGUGUCUUGGUGUCAUUGUUUUUGUUCGUUUGUUCUAAAUAAAAUGAUUAAAGCUGUAUUUCUGCUGUUUGCAUGCACGGCAGCAGAGUUAUUUUAUUUUUUAUGGUGAAUUUGUAUUGUAGUUUAUAUUUUGUUAACCCAUGGAAUUAAAGGCAUUUGAGAUGAAAAGCA